ACUUUACAAGAAUCAAGUUUUCGUUAAUCUUCAUGUAUAAAAAGAGAGAGAGAGAGGAAGAGGGAAAAGAGUGACUUUUUCUCUUUCUUUUUUUUUUUUAUUUAUAUAUUUAAAUGAGUGAAAUAAUUACCUUGCUUGUCAAACAUGUACCCGAAUUCAUUACUCAAUCACCUGAAUUACAAAAGAACUACUUUAAACCUUACAAGCCAAUAGCCACACGAUUUAUGCAAACUGCAGCCAUGCCUGGAUUUGUAUUCAUUGACUUUGCCAAUCGUCAUGCGGCUGAAGAAGCUUACAAGGAACUGAAAAAGAUUCACUUUGGUCUAUACUUUAAACCGAUUCAAGUAGAAUAUGCCAAACCUGAUCCAAGCGGGCAAAAGGAACUUCCAUCAUCAACACCACUUGAAUCACCUGAGCCGAUCGCGCCUUUACAAGGCAUCGACUACCCAUCAAACCCACAUUUGAGAUACUUAUACCCUGACCCAACUCCCGAAAUACUGACCAACAUCACACAUGCUAUCGGCUCAGUUCCUCGACUGUACACACAGGUUCUUCACUUGAUGAACAAGAUGAACCUGCCACCUCCAUUUGGCCCACUUGUCAAACAAGCUGUACCGAUAUUAAGGAAACGGAAAGAGGACGCGUUGCUGUCGAGUGACGAAUCUGAGCUUGAAGAGGAAACACCACAGGAUACGUCCAAGGAACAGGAGGAGCGUGUAAAGGAGGCGAGACAGGCGCGUAUCGCGGCUGAAAAGCAACGAUUGGCGCUAAAAAAGGCAAAAGAGAAUCAACAGAUACAGCAAAUCCAGCGUCAAUGUCUUCCACUGGAGCAACUGACUCACUUGGCCGCCUUCAAGAACUAUGAGCCGGGUGAAGUGUCAAAUAGGCUGUAUAUCAAAAACCUGCACAAGAAGACGACCGAACAGGAUCUUAUUGAGAUAUACUCGGUCUUUUCGAAUGAUAUCAAGGUCAAUUUGAUGACCAAGGGUAGGCUUAGAGAUCAGGCCUUCGUUACUCUACCGGAUGAAAACGUUGCUAAGCUAGCAUUACAGUCUACAAAUGGAUAUGUCCUACAUGAUCGUCCAAUGGCUGUCGUCUUUAGUAAAAAUCGAGAUAAAGUUCAACAUUGAAAAGGUAUUCCUUUUUUUUUUUUCUUGGUCAA